AUGUUUGAGGACAAAACAUUCCGCAGGAGGCUGACCUCUGGGAAGCGCUCACUAAAUAGGGCUGUGUUCGCCAUUGAUCCGGUUUCGGCCCGAAGGUGUCAGCGUAUGCAACUGCACAAGUAUGGUGUGGAUGAAACUGAUGUCUACAACUGGGGGGAAGCUGAUGUCAGUAACUACAUAGAAGCUUAUGAUUGUCGACCACCACCUAUAUUCAUCCCACUCAUUACUGUAGCCCAGAUAACAGUCUUUAUUUACUAUGCCAUAAUACAUGCCCUGGAUGACAAUCCCUACAAUGACGUAACGGCAUCCUCUGGAGUGCCAUACUACAGUCCAUUAAUUUAUCUCCCGACGAAGCGUUAUGAGUGCUGGCGAUUCGUCAGUUACAUGUUCAUACACAAUGGAUACAUCCACUUGGUCUUCAACUGCCUUAUGCAACUUGUGCUAGGAACUCUUCUGGAACUGGUGCACAAAUUUUGGCGUGUUGGCAUAGUCUAUCUUCUUGGCGUUCUCGGCGGUGAGUAUUUAUAUUGCCUGUAUAUUUACUUUAAAAAUACUGUGAAGUAUUCACGAACCAACCACAUGGCAUUUCAAUGA